UGCUCCUCCUCCUUUUUCUCCUCCUCCUUUUUCUCCUCCUCCGCCUCCUCCUCCUCUUCCUCCUCCUCCUCUUCAAUUCUCCCGGUGGCUCGGCUCAGCUCGCAGGCUUCGCAGAGACCCCCUACUCCAGUUCGCCUUUGGGGAACACACCCCGGGGGUAAACAGACGUCCAGGCAUCUGGGCCGCCCCGAGCACCUGGCUGUUCCUGGGUGAACUCGGUCUGCAGCCGCCGCCGCCUGGGGCAGAGUUUGUGCCUCUGAUUUGUGCCCUGGGCCCCGGAGCCUAGCAAGCGAUGCCCGAGGCGUAAAAGCGCCCUCAGCGGGCGCCGACCUCUGCCCUGGUCUCCCGCCCUCACCUCACCCCCUGCCCUUGUGACCCUGGCUUCGGCGCCGCCGCCCAGGCGCCCCACGAUGUAGCUGCCCCCACGCCUCGGCGGGAGGCGUCCUGGCCCCGGGGGCCCGGGGCCCGGAGCCUGGCCUGGGGGCGAAGCCGAGCUCGGGCGGGGCCGGGGCCGCGGUGGCGAUGCACCGGGUCGGUUAACGCCGGGAGCGCCAGGCAGCUGAGGCAGGGGGCAAGCCCUUCCUCCGGGCAGCCGCGUCCCCGGUCCCGCCGCGAUGCUGUUCCACAGUCUGUCGGGCCCCGAGGUGCACGGGGUCAUCGACGAGAUGGACCGCAGGGCCAAGAGCGAGGCUCCGGCCAUCAGCUCCGCCAUCGACCGCGGCGAUACAGAGACGACCAUGCCAUCCAUCAGCAGUGACCGAGCUGCGUUGUGUGCUGGCUGUGGGGGCAAGAUCUCUGACAGAUACUACCUGCUGGCAGUGGACAAGCAGUGGCAUAUGCGCUGCCUCAAAUGCUGUGAAUGCAAGCUCAACCUGGAAUCAGAACUCACCUGCUUCAGCAAGGAUGGAAGCAUCUACUGCAAAGAAGACUACUACAGGCGGUUCUCUGUGCAGCGUUGUGCCCGCUGCCACCUGGGCAUCUCGGCCUCAGAGAUGGUGAUGCGUGCUCGGGACUUGGUUUAUCACCUCAAUUGUUUCACAUGCACCACGUGUAACAAGAUGCUGACCACUGGUGACCACUUCGGCAUGAAGGACAGCCUGGUCUAUUGCCGCUUGCACUUCGAGGCACUGCUGCAGGGCGAAUACCCGGCACACUUCAACCAUGCCGACGUGGCGGCGGCGGCAGCCGCAGCUGCAGCGGCUAAGAGUGCAGGAUUGGGCGCAGCCGGGUCUAACCCGUUGGGUCUUCCCUACUACAACGGUGUGGGCACUGUGCAGAAAGGGAGGCCGAGAAAGCGCAAGAGUCCGGGACCCGGGGCGGACCUGGCAGCCUACAAUGCUGCACUGAGCUGUAAUGAGAACGAGGCUGAACACCUGGAUCGUGACCAGCCCUACCCCAGCAGCCAAAAGACAAAGCGCAUGCGCACCUCCUUCAAGCACCAUCAGCUUCGGACAAUGAAGUCUUACUUUGCCAUUAACCACAAUCCCGAUGCCAAGGACUUGAAGCAGCUCGCUCAAAAGACCGGCCUCACCAAGAGAGUCCUCCAGGUCUGGUUUCAGAAUGCCCGGGCCAAGUUCAGACGCAACCUUUUACGGCAGGAAAACACGGGCGUAGACAAGACGUCCGAUACCACGCUGCAGACUGGGACACCAUCGGGGCCGGCCUCGGAGCUGUCCAACGCGUCGCUGAGCCCCUCCAGCACUCCCACCACCCUUACAGACUUGACUAGCCCCACCCUGCCGACUGUGACGUCAGUCUUAACUUCCGUGCCUGGCAACCUGGAGGGCCACGAGCCCCACAGCCCUUCACAAACGACUCUUACCAACCUUUUCUAAUGACUCACUACUCCCUUCCCCCAAGUCCCCACGAUUUCUUUAAAAAAGAAAUUUAGUUGAAUUCCAAGUGUAUUUUAAAAAUAGAGGCUUUGAGCAACUAACUAA